AUGCCCAUAUAUGCUCCGGCGCCACCCCUGGAUGGGACUCAUGCAGCCAAUGCAUACGCGCUGAUCAAUGGCGAAACUCCCUGGAGCGCUGUCGCUGUGUGUCGGCAGCAAGCAGAGAGGCUGGCAAAGCUGGAAGCCGAAAUUCUGGAGGAGUGCCGACAGAAGCAGGAACGCCUGUGGCACGGCGAGCUUGAGGAGGUGUUGGACCAAAAGGCCCAAGAAUGGAGGCAACGACACGCAGAGCUCGAGUCCCAGAUCUUUUACCAGGAGCAGCGCUAUGCAAGCGCGCAAGUUUCAUGGAGACAGUCAGAAGUUGCUUGCCAGCGGGAUGCCCAGAUGCGGUGCGCCAGCGCGCAAGAUCGCUGCCUGGCAGUCUCAGAGGAACUAGCAGAGCUUCGCUCGUCCGCCGCCACGGAGCGCUUUGAAUUCCAGCAGGAUGUGGGACAGCUUCACACAGAGGUUUUGACUGCAGCCAAAGAGGCUGAUACCAUGAAGUUGGAGGAGAGGACCAUUAUCACUUGCAUGCAACAAGAGCUAUCUGCCGAAGCAGCAAGUGCAGCACACCUCGCACAACAGGCAGCCAGCCAAAGGGAUGUCGCAAUCUCUGAGUGCGAAGCAGUGGAGGUGACGCUAAGAAACCAGCGGUUUAAGCAUCGAAGUGACCUGGAUGAACUUCUGCUUCAACGCACAAGCUUGGAAGAGCGCUGCCAACAUGCAGAGCAUUUGCAGCGCUUGGCCGUUCAGAGAGCUAGUCAGGAAGAGGAGCUCGCAGCAAAUGCGAGCGAACAGCGAGAGGUAGCCCAAGUGGAACUUGCCGCAGAGUCUGAAGGUAGGGACGAGCUUUCAGCCUUGGUCAUCGGGCUCAAGUCAGAGUUUGAAGCCGCUGUGAAGGAGAUGGAAGUCGAGCGGGAGACGCGCAGGGAAUUUCAACGAGCCAGCCAGGAAGCACAGAAGCUACAGUCGACCUUCUUGGCCGAGGCCCUGGCAGCAAGGGAGGUUGCCGAAGCCGCUGCAGUUGAGAUUGCUGAGGAGAGACGCGAACGAGCCCGCGACCUCCACGAGUUUCGGCAGGUCUUGCAGCGCCACCAGGAGCAGUUGAGUGCCGAGCGACAGCGCCAGAUCUUCUCAGAGCUGUCUGGGAUCAUUGGUGCCAGUGCUGACUGA